CGCCGCCUCGCUGGGCCUCAACCCACCCCUACCCAUCCGUGGGAUCCGGAUGAAAUUCGCCGUGUUGACGAGCCUCCUGCGAGCCGGGGAAGUGACCAACAGGGACAUCGUGGAGACCGUCUUCAACCUGCUUGUUGGAGGACAGUUUGAUUUAGAAAUGAAUUUCAUUAUCCAAGACAUUGAAAGUAUUACCUGCAUGGUGGAGCUGUUGGACAACUGUGAUGUUACCUGCCGGGCUGAACUUUGGAGCAUAUUCACUGCAAUCCUUAGAAAAAGUAUUCGGAAUUUACAGGCCUGCACAGAUGUUGGAUUAAUUGAACAUGUUCUGAAGAGAAUUGAUAAAGCUGACAAUAUGAUAGCAGAUCUGUUGGUUGAAAUGUUAGGAGUACUGGCUUGUUAUAAUAUCACAGUCCGUGAGCUGAAACUGUUGGUUGGGAAGCUACAAGGAGAAAAAGGACAAUGGCCUCCACAUGCAGUGAAGUUACUGACAGUAUUGAAACAGGUACCACAGAGACUGGGUCCAGAUGCCUUCUUCAGUUUUCCUGGGAAGAGUGCUGCUGCCAUCGCAUUACCUCCCAUUGCUAAGUGGCCAUAUCAGAAUGGCUUUACAUUUCACACGUGGCUCAGAAUGGAUCCACUGAAUAACAUUAAUGUUGAUAAAGACAAACCUUACUUAUACUGCUUUCGUACAAACAAAGGGCUUGGAUAUUCUGCUCAUUUUGUUGGUGGUUGUUUAAUUGUGACUUCAAUCAAAUCAAAAGGGAAAGGAUUCCAACAUUGUGUAAAGUAUGACUUCAAACCACAAAAGUGGUACAUGGUGACAAUAGUGCACAUCUACAAUCGCUGGAAAAACAGUGAGAUCCGAUGCUAUGUGAAUGGUGAACUGGCUUCUUUUGGAGAGAUUACAUGGCUUGUGAAUACCAGUGAUACGUUUGACAAAUGUUUCCUGGGCUCUUCAGAAACUGCAGAUGCCAAUCGGGUGUUCUGUGGGCAACUUGGAGCAGUUUAUGUCUUUGCUGAAGCUCUAAAUGCAGCACAGAUAUUUGCAAUAUACCAGCUUGGCCCUGGAUAUAAGGGUAUUUUCAAAUUCAAAGCAGAAAGUGACCUGCUCCUUGCUGAACACCACAAAUCUCUGCUGUAUGAUGGCAAGCUGUCCAGUAGUAUUGCAUUCACGUACAACCCAAAGGCUACAGAUGCUCAACUCUGUCUCGAGUCAUCUCCUAAGGAUAAUCCAUCUAUUUUUGUUCAUUCACCGCAUGCUCUCAUGCUUCAGGAUGUGAAAGCCGUUGUCACACAUUCCAUACAAAGUGCUAUACAUUCAAUUGGUGGUGUCCAGGUGCUUUUUCCAUUGUUUGCACAACUUGACUACAGUCAGCCUUCUUCGGACCAAAUUGAUACCACAAUCUGUUCCACUCUUUUAUCAUUUAUAAUGGAAUUACUGAAGAACUCUGUGGCGAUGCAGGAACAGAUCCUCUCCUGCAAGGGCUUUCUGGUGAUUGGAUAUAGCCUUGAAAAGUCUUCCAAAAUUCACAUCACCAGAGCCGUGUUAGACCUGUGCUUGGCUUUUGCUAAAUAUCUGAGCAAUUUGCAAAAUGGAGGCUGUCUGCUUAAACAGCUGUGUGACCAUAUUCUUUUGAAUCCUGCUAUUUGGAUCCAUGCUCCAGCCAAGGUCCAGCUACAACUUUACACGUACCUGUCUACUGAGUUCAUCAGUACAGCUACCAUUUACAAUGCAGUUCGGAGAGUUGGUACUGUACUUCAGAUAAUGCACACCUUAAAGUACUUUUACUGGGUAGUAAAUCCACAGGAUCGUAGUGGAGUGGUUCCCAAAGGCCUCGAUGGCCCCAGACCUAACCAGAAGGAGAUUCUCUCCCUGCGAGCUUUCUUGCUACUUUUUGUGAAACAAUUGAUAAUGAAGGAUCAUGGCAUUAAGGAAGAUGAACUGCAGAGUAUUCUCAACUAUCUUCUCACUAUGCACGAGAGCAAUAGUACCAGUCAGGGAGUUAGAAGAGAAGAACAGGACGACAAUCUCAUGGAUGUUCUACAGCUGCUUGUAGCUCUGAUGGCUGAGCACCCAGGAUCCAUGAUUCCUGCUUUUGAUCAGCGGAAUGGAAUGCGGAUCAUCUAUAAACUUUUGGCUUCAAAAAGUGAAGGAAUAAGAGUACAAGCUUUAAAAGUGAUGGGGUAUUUUCUGAAGCAUCUUGCUCCAAAACGUAAGACCGAAGUCAUGCUUGGACAUGGAUUAUUCUCCUUGCUGGCAGAAAGGUUGUUGUUGCACACGAACAUGAUUACCAUGACCACGUACAAUGUCUUAUAUGAGAUUUUGACAGAACAGAUUUGUACCCAGGUUGUGCAUAAACAGCAUCCUGAUCCAGAUUCAUCAGUAAAGAUACAAAAUCCUCAAAUCCUAAAAGUGAUUGCAACACUGUUGAGGGGUUCGCCUCAGAUUCCAGAAACUACUGAGGUUCGCCGUGUUUUUCUGUCCGAUAUGAUCAAACUCUUCAACAGCAGCAGAGAAAACCGGCGGAGUUUGCUGCAGUGUUCAGUAUGGCAAGAAUGGAUGUUGUCUCUUUGCUAUGUCAGUCCUAAGAAUUCUGAAGAACAGAAAAUAACUGAAAUGGUCUAUGCUAUCUUCCGGAUAUUGCUUUACCAUGCAGUUAAAUAUGAAUGGGGUGGUUGGCGUGUCUGGGUGGAUACGCUUUCAAUUACACACUCUAAGGUUACUUAUGAAAUGCACAAGGAGAGCUUGGCCAGAAUGUUUGAAGAAUACCAAAGACAAGAUGAGCAUGCAGGAUACAUUUCUAACGUGAGAACAAUCUCAGGGGUUAGCAGUGCACAAGGAGCCGUGGCUGGUAAAGAGGUUUCUGAGGUUCAGCAAAUACCUUGUGCUGAAAAUCUGGUGGAAGACAAACCAAUACAAGAAAACGAGGGAAUGGGGUCUGAACAGCAAAGUGAAACUAACCAUGAGAUCAGUACAGAAUUCACAGAAGAACAGAAAAUUUUGGAAGCGGAAAGUGAAAUCAAGGCAGAUGUUAUACCAUCUAAUGGUGCUGAAAUACAAAAGAAAGCUGAGGAAGGUCAGAAAUCAGAUCAAUUAUUAGAGUUUCAGGAUACUUCCAAAGUGGAGGAAGUCGAAGCAAGUCAAGUGUGUUUGGAGAGUCCAACUGUUUCAUCUGGAGAAGCUGCUGAUUUAGGACAGACUUCCCUGAAGGCGAUUACAUCAGUUACCUCUGAAUCACUUGAUCCAAAAACGUUGACAAUAGAAAAUGCUGCAGAAAAACAAGAAAGUAAUGUUAUGUUCGGACCAGGAGAUCCAAAGCUGGUUGAAAAGGAACUCUCUGCUAAUGGACAGCAUGAAGGCAGCCCAAAUGGUAGCAAUGAGAAUAUCACUACAGAACCGGAAGCUGUUUCUGAGUCUGUAGAAGGCAGCACUUUGAUUUCUGAAUCCAAAAGCAGUGAGAGCUGUUCAGAAGCAAUUUCAAAUCAUUCUCCUUCUGUACCGGAGGAGGAAGUGGUGCCCAAAGCGAUAAAAGAGGAAUCAAAGUCACAGUCAGAAACUAGUACUGAAUCGUUAAAACAAGUGGACAGCCAUUCUAGUGAUUCCAGCACUCAUGGCAGUUGUGUUGUAGACAAAGAUAUUGAAGUGAAUGCCACGAAAACAAAAGAAUUGAAAGUCUCUUCUGCUAAAGAAAUUGCUAGACUCGAUGUGUCCAGUGUUGCAUCAGAUACUGAGAAGUUAGAACUUCGAGCAAGUAUAAGUCGAGAAUCUUCACAUGUGUUGAAAUCUCCCAUUCAGGUAUCACAGUUGGAGCCUAGUAAUCAGCAAGGCACUCUGUCUGAUGGACAGAGAAGAGGAUCUAAUCCUUCAGCACGCUCUGCUAUAUUUCGUAUUCCUGAAUUUAAAUGGUCCCACAUGCACCAGCGUUUGCUUAAUGACUUGUUGUUCUCCAUCGAGACAGAUGUGCAGAUGUGGAGAAGCCACAACACAAAGACAGUGAUGGAUUUUGUGAACAGCAGUGAAAACAUCAUCUUUGUCCAUAAUACUAUUCACCUCAUCUCUCAGGUGGUAGAUAAUAUCAUAAUGGCCUGUGGUGGGAUCCUCCCACUUCUGUCUGCAGCUACAUCUACGACACAUGAAUUGGAGAACAUUGAACCAACUCAAGGUUUAUCAUUCGAAUCUUCAGUAACCUUUCUUCAGAGGUUAAUAGGCCUUGUUGAUGUUUUGAUUUUUGCCAGUUCCCUCAGCUUUACUGAAAUUGAGGCUGAAAAGAACAUGUCUUCUGGAGGAAUAUUAAGGCAAUGUCUUCGCCUUGUGUGUGCAGUAGCAGUCAGAAACUGUUUGGAAUGCCAGCAUGUAUCUCAUCCGAAGGCUGGUGUUGAUCAUGGAAAGGUUCAGAAAGCUAUGCAAAACGUUCUUGGAGCUGGAAAAUCGGCAGCAAAGAGCCCUAUUGACGCUGUAACAGGUGGCAUUUCACCAAUAAGAGAUCUCGACAGGUUACUACAAGAUAUGGAUAUCAAUCGCCUGCGAGCAGUUGUGUUCAGAGAUGUAGAGGACAGCAAACAAGCCCAGUUUCUGGCUUUGGCUGUAGUUUAUUUUAUCUCAGUGUUGAUGGUAUCAAAAUACAGGGAAAUCCUAGAGCCUCAGAAAGACAGGAGGCUGUCGCGCAGCCAAUCAAUCAGAAGCAUUGAGAAUACGAACGAUAGUGUAUCAACCACAGAAGGCUUAUCGGGUGCAGCAGCCAGUUCAGUACUGAGUAACGAUGCCCCAGUUGCGAAAUUUCGAAGAGACUCUGGUAUUGGAGAAGAACCAAGUUCAGUCAGUGACUUGGGAGCAAAGCCUGAGACUGUUAGUGCUGGUCCUGAUGCAAUGAGUGAACUGCUGUCGACCCUUUCCUCAGAGGUUAAGAAAUCGCACUCACAAGAAGGUAAAAGUGAAAUUGGAAGGGAUUCUGAAAUUAAGAUAACCCCAUCUGUACCAACUGGAUCCCAGGGCAAAAAUGUCAGUGUUAAAGACAUUCUGCGAAGCCUGGUGAACACGCCUACGGGCAGUCUUGAAGCAGAUAUGGCAUUUGUUGGACCAACCUUUGUAGGAGUGAUUGGGGAUUCAGCAGCAGAGUCAUCAGUCCAGUUUCGUUCCUUUGACAGGAGUGUUGUGGUAGCUCCUAAGAAAACAACGGCUUCUGUUGGAACUGGUACUCCUGCUACUACAGAUGCUGUGAGUGUAGUUUCUACUGCAGACUCUGCAGAGGAACCUGCUGUUGAACCUACAAGUGGCGGACCUUCCAACUCUAAACUGCCAUCUGUUCAAACAGUGUCCCCAAUGCCAGAGGACUCGGCUGCAAAUAUGAGUAUCACAGCAAGACUGGAACGAGCACUGGAAAAGACUGCACCUCUUCUGAGGGAGAUUUUUGUGGACUUUGCACCUUUUCUUUCUCGCACUCUUCUGGGAAGUCAUGGUCAAGAGUUGCUCAUUGAGGGUACAAGUUUGGUCUGCAUGAAAUCUAGCAGUUCUGUUGUGGAGUUGGUCAUGUUACUGUGUUCUCAGGAGUGGCAGAACUCGAUCCAGAAGAAUGCUGGUCUUGCGUUUAUUGAACUGGUGAAUGAAGGAAGGCUGCUGUGCCAUACCAUGAAAGACCAUCUGGUCAGGGUAGCAAAUGAGGCCGAGUUUAUCCUGAGCAGACAGAGGGCAGAGGAUAUCCACAGACAUGCUGAGUUUGAGUCACUUUGUGCCCAGUACUCGGCAGAAAGACGGGAAGAAGAAAAGAUGUGCGAUCAUUUGAUAAGAGCAGCAAAGUACCGAGAUCAUGUGACAUCCACUCAGUUGAUACAAAAGAUAAUCAACAUUUUGACAGACAAGCAUGGAGCCUGGGGAAACUCUUCACAGAGUCGUCCUCGUGAGUUCUGGCGCCUUGACUACUGGGAAGAUGACUUGCGGCGCCGCCGACGUUUCGUUCGCAACUCAUUUGGAUCAACACAUCCUGAAGCUACACUAAAAGCAGCCAUUGAGCACGGUUCUGCCGAGGAUGUGCUGGUGAAAGGCAGACCCUCUCUCCGGACCCAGGCCGUGGGCAACCACAACCCCGAGAGCGACAGCCUCCUGGAAGGAGAUGACGACGCCCUCACUUCACUCGAGGAGAAGGAGAUUGAUAACAUGGCGGGACCGGUGAAUUUCACCACUGCUGUCCAGCUCAUCGCCCCGGUGGUGGUUGCUAAGGGAACCUUGUCAAUCACGUCCUCAGAGCUUUACUUCGAGGUGGACGAGGAAGAUCCCAGUUAUAAAAAACUAGAUCCCAAGAUUUUGGCAUAUACAGAGGGACUUCACGGGAAAUGGCUAUUCAGCGAAAUCCGUGCUGUCUUCUCCAGACGCUAUCUGCUGCAAAACACUGCACUGGAAAUUUUUAUUGCCAAUCGAACUGCUGUCAUGUUCAACUUCCCAGACACAGCGACAGUAAAGAAAGUUGUUCACUGUUUACCCCGUGUUGGAGUCGGCACAGGUUUUGGGCUACCCCAAACCAGACGAAUUUCCCUGGCCAACUCUCGGCAGCUUUUUAAGGCGUCCAAUAUGAUGCAACGUUGGCAGCGCAGAGAGAUAUCUAACUUCGAGUACCUCAUGUUCCUCAACACAGUAGCUGGGCGGACUUACAGUGACUUGAAUCAGUAUCCCGUUUUCCCUUGGGUCAUAACUAAUUAUGAAUCGGAAGAGCUGGAUCUGACGCUACCCAGCAACUUCAGAGAUUUGUCUAAGCCUAUUGGAGCCCUUAACCCCAAAAGAGCAGCCUUCUUUUCUGAGCGGCAUGAAACUUGGGAAGAUGAUCAAGUUCCCCCUUUCCACUAUGGGACUCAUUAUUCCACGAGUAGCUUCACUCUUGCGUGGCUGUUACGAAUUGAACCAUUUACCACCUUCUUUCUAAAUCUACAAGGAGGGAAGUUUGAUCACGCUGACAGAACUUUCUCUUCCGUGUCCAGAGCGUGGCGCAACUGCCAGCGAGAUACGUCUGAUGUAAAGGAGCUGAUUCCUGAAUUUUAUUAUCUUCCGGAGAUGUUUGUCAAUUCAAACAAUUACAAUCUGGGCGUGAUGGAUGAUGGAACUGUAGUCUCGGAUGUAGAACUUCCGCCAUGGGCCAAAGCUCCAGAAGAGUUUAUUCGUAUAAAUAGACUGGCUCUGGAGAGCGAGUUCGUUUCCUGUCAGCUCCACCAGUGGAUUGAUCUGAUUUUUGGAUACAAGCAGCAAGGACCUGAGGCUAUUCGAGCCCUCAAUGUCUUCUAUUACCUGACCUACGAAGGAGCUGUCAACCUGAAUUCCAUCAGUGACCUGGUCCUGAGAGAGGCCGUGGAAUCCCAGAUUCGAAGCUUUGGUCAGACUCCUUCCCAACUCUUAAUCGAGCCACAUCCACCCAGAAGCUCUGCCAUGCAAGUGUAUCUCCUCCUGCAGACUCCUCUGAUGUUCACAGACCAGAUGCAGCAGGAUGUCAUCAUGGUACUUAAAUUCCCGUCCAACUCCCCUGUCACCCAUGUUGCUGCCAACACUCAGCCAGGCCUGGCUGUAUCAGCCAUUAUUACAGUAACCGCUAGCAGGCUGUUUGCUGUGAACAAGUGGCAUAAUAUUACUGGCCUUCAUGGAACUAUGCAGGAACAGCCAUACCAGCUGCCAGUUGAAAUCGAUCCUCUGAUAGCUAAUAACACCAGCAUGCACAGAAGGCAAAUCACUGACCUCUUGGAUCAAAGCAUUCAGAUCAAUUCCCAGUGCUUCGUGAUCACUGCAGAUAACCGCUUCAUCCUGGUCUGUGGCUUCUGGGAUAAGAGUUUCCGUGUUUACUCCACCGACACAGGAAAACUCACUCAAGUGGUUUUUGGACACUGGGAUGUUGUGACCUGUUUAGCGAGAUCUGAAUCCUACAUUGGAGGUGACUGUUAUGUCCUCUCUGGCUCACGGGAUGCAACUCUCCUGCUUUGGUACUGGAAUGGGAAGAACCACAGUAUCGGAGAGAAUACCAACACUGAAUACGCUGCUCCUCGAGCUAUUCUGACAGGCCAUGAUUGCGAGAUUAGCUGUGCUGCCGUGUGUGCAGAGCUUGGCCUAGUUAUCAGCGGCUCCAAAGAGGGUCCGUGCUUGAUCCACACAAUGAAUGGAGACUUACUAAAAGCUCUUGAGAGGACUCAAGAUUGCUUACACCCUCGAUUAAUCCAGUUGUCGACCGAAGGCCACUGUGUCAUUUAUUAUGAAAAGGGCCAGUUUUGUGUCUUCAGUGUCAAUGGGAAACUGCUAGUCAAGAUGGAGACCGAGGAUUCUACAAAGGCUAUGCUGCUGAGCCGUGAUGGACAGUACCUCAUCACUGGGGGAGACAGUGGAAUAGUGGCUGUGUGGCAGGUCUGGGACUUCAAACAGCUGAUGACCUACCCUGGCUGUGACGCUGGCAUUAGAUCCAUGGCCAUGUCUCACGAUCAAAGGGUCGUCAUUACGGGUAUGGCAUCUGGAAGCAUAGUACUGUUUUACAUUGAUUUUAAUCGAUGGCAUCAUGAGUAUCGAACCAGGUACUGAAAGUGCGCUCACGAGACAGAAAUGCACUGCUUCGUGCUGGACCGGGGAUUAUCCCUCGAAGGAGCAAAGAGCCAUCGCUGGUGCAUUGGAUUCAAGAGUUUUUAAUCAACGUAGUCACACAGUCCCGCCACUGUACAUAAAGGCAUCGAUCUACAUGAAGAAGCAGCAAAUCUGAAUGUAACAAAGUCUCUUGGAAAGCAGAGUAUUUUGAAAUGCUUACUGCUAUUUUUGUAGAAUAUAAGGAAUUUGACAUACCAUUACUAAAACAUCAGAACAUAUAAGACUAAUUCAGAGAUUAAAAAAAGUCUAUUUUUAGGAGGAAUAAAUCUUUACAUGAUUCUUUAUAUGCGUCUCAUUCACAAGAAAUAUACUAACUAUUUCUUUAUUUCCAUCUCUGUAUGAAGAAAUGAGUGAUUUGAAAGAAUGUAAAACAAAUUUAAUCAGAGAUGUUCAUAAAUUGUGUUAGAAUUGAGCAAUAUAUUUACACCUGUGAUUUAAUUCUUGCAUUUACAGAGAUCACAUUUUAAAAAAAAUGGUUUCUUUUUGGGGAGAAGGUUUGCACGUAGGGGUGUACAAAUCUUUCUAAGGCAUGAUUCUUUACUGUAUUUUUUCAUUAAUGUUAUGGUAGCUUAGCACUGACAUUGCUGGGAACAAAGAGCAAUAUUUAAAUUAUGACCUAGGAUUUUUUAACUUUAUAGCAGUCUAUUGGAAAUUAUAUUCUUGUCAUUGGCAUGCUGCUGGGCUGGAAAAGGGAUCUUUGUUAUAUUAAAUGUUCUUGGAGUUCAGGUAAACAGUGAAUCAAAGCAGUGUAAUAAGGUUUGUCCAUUACAAAUUGGUGUGUGUGUGUGUGUGCGUUUUCAGAGAAUAAUGUCCAUGACUUUAAUUUCAAUAGCCUUUGUUAAAAGUGUUCGAAAUUGCUCAACACUGUUGUGCUGAAUUCCAAUAACUCCUAGUAACUGUGAAACUCUGGGUUCUUGUCAUUGCUUGUUAUUCUGUGUCUGAAAUCCCAUGGUUGGGAUGUUGUGAUCAGCCUACAAAACCUUCAGAAACCAGAUUGCUGAAAACAUUCCAUCUUGCUGAGAGAAUGUUUGUUUGUCCAAUUUAGAUCCUAUUGGUGCCUAGUGGUGCAUUAGUAACCUGCCCGAGGGACCAAAUUACUGUAUUUCAAAACCUCACUCAGAAGAGCUUUUUUGGUGAUGAUUUGGAAUGAAGUUAUUCCAGUUUGUGUAAUGAAAUCAAAAAUAAAAUUCACUUGUAUCUUGAGA